AUGACAUUUGAAUCGUACGAGCACUUCAAAGGUGGUAGUAACGAUCUCGACCAUGGGCAUUCCCAGGCCAGAGCUAUUCAGAGCGUGGGCCCAUCCAUGACACCUGAUCGGAAAACGAGUGUCAAACCAACAGGCGAAGUGAACCAGCAACCUCCUGUCAAGGAGCAGAUCCAACGCUCGCAUCUAGAUGCCAACUUCACUUCUUUUGCUUUCGGUGGCGCUAACCGGGAUUUUGCUAGACGGGUGACUCGAUGUCCUAUGCCGAAGGAGGUCAUCGACACGGAGAAAUCCGAAGGCUACGACACCCGUGCCGAUGUCUGGUCAUUGGGCGUGACCGGAUUGGAGUUGUGGGAGGCAGAACCCCCCUUGGCUGGCGUUCCACCAAUGAAGGCCUUCUCCCUCAUCACUCACGGUCCCCAUCCCCUUUCCCUCUAUCCGUCAAGACUACCACCUGAAAGUGAGGAGGCGAAGGAUGACCUACUUCAACCCUGCAGUGAUUUGAUGCCACCAGAGAUGUUCGAUUUAUUGUCAAAUCGCCACUGUGGCAAUGAGUCACCCCUGCCCCCGAAAAUCGAACGCACAUUGAUCGAUGCAAGAUCGAUAGCUUGCUCUGAUUGGCUGUCCCGAAUGGCAGCUGCAAAGGCCAGUCUUGUGUAUGUCCUCCUUGGUGCUUUCUGGAGUCACUCUUCCACCUCCUUGAUGAGGCCGAAGGGAAAAUCGUGUGAAGAUCUCUUCACUACCUCAGGAGGUCUUUUGGAUCAAAUGUUGUCUUUCGAUGGUGUUCCUUGGUGCACUCUUCCUGCGAACAGCUACUUUUCCAUCUUCUUCCAAUUCUCCGGUGGUCACGAAGACUUUACAGCAGAUAUCCGCCUUCCACACUUCUGGAUGACCGCUAAACAGGCAACAAAUUACACCCUUCUUGAAGUAGGGCUGAAAGCCCAAUGGCAGGUCCUCAUGCCAGUGCAAAUGCGGUGUAGGAAUUGCCGAAUUUCUUUCGGCCCCGUCAAACAACAACAACAACAACUGACGCCAGAGGCCAAUAAAAAUGCGGCAUUUGUUGUUUCUGUGGCGGUGCCAUGA